UUUCUCUUUCCUAGCUUUCUCUUCCUCUCUCCUCCUUCAUCCCUCUCUAUCUCAUUGCUGUCUUCUCUCCAACUGCUGGAUGUGAUUCUCCACCACCUCCGAGCUAGCCAGAGGACUCCACCUCUUUCUUCUUCGCUAACUUCCUUUUCUUUGCAAACACAAAUCCACAACAAAGAAAGUGCAAAUUAUACAUAAAACAUCAGAAUUCAAAGCAGCAGAAAAGCUAGCUAGAAGAGUGGAGAGAGAGAGAGAGAGAGAGAGAGAGAAACUAUAUCUCAGCCGUACUAACUGGCCUCCAUGGUGUUCCCUUCAGUGCCUGCCUACCUAGAUCCACCUUAUUGGAAUAACCAGCAGCAAGGUCAGCAGCCUAGAGCGAGCGGGGGAGGCGAUGCACCUCUCGUUCCCGUGGGUCCAGCGGUUCCCGCGGCCAGUGGCUUGCCGAGCAGCUCAUCGGCGGCCAGUGGUUCCGUGGCCGCGCACGCGCGGCCCAACUCGAUGGCUGAGCGCGCGCGGCUGGCGCGCGUGCCGCAGCCGGAGCCGGCGCUCAAGUGCCCACGCUGCGACUCCACCAACACCAAGUUCUGCUACUACAACAACUACUCCCUCUCCCAGCCCCGCCACUUCUGCAAGACGUGCCGCCGCUACUGGACGCGCGGCGGCUCCCUCCGCAACGUCCCCGUCGGCGGAGGCUGCCGCCGCAACAAGCGCUCGUCCAAGUCCUCGUCCACCGCUGCCGCGUCUUCCUCCUCAAAACCAUCCUCCUCGGCUAGGCAGCUGCCCGGAGCGUCCACCCCCGGCGCCACCGGAGGGAUCAUCCCUCCGGGCCUCAGCUCCUUGUCGCACCACCUGCCGUUCUUGGGCUCGAUGCACCCACCAGGGCCCAACCUAGGGCUAGCCUUCCCCGCCGGCCUCCCGCCGAUCGGCAUGCAGCAGCACCUUGACACGGUAGAUCAGUUCCCGGUGGCAAGCGGUGGCGGCAGCACCAUUGGCUCAUCGCUGGAGCAGUGGAGACAUCAGCAGUUCCCCUUCUUGGCAGGAGGAGUACUAGAGCUUCCGCCGCGGCCACCGCCGAUGUACCAGUUGGGUUUGGAAGCUAACCGAGGAGGAAGCGGCUCAGCUGCAGCGGCGUUCACGUUAGGGCAGACUAGUGCUACCACGGCAAGGCAGGACAGCCAGGAAGGGUCAAUGAAGCUGGACGACAGUAAAGGGCAAGAGAUGAGCUUACAGAGGCAGUACAUGGCUGCUCUACGCUACGGAUCAGAGGGCGUCUGGGAUGGGAAUGCUGGAGGCAGUGGUAGCUAUGGCGGCGGCAAUGGCGGUGCCAGUUGGCCAAUGAACAGUCCUGGAUUCCAUUCUUCGUCCACCAGCCGCGGCAAUGGCGGUGGCCUGUUGUAGGAGUACACUAGUACUCCUGAUUGGUAUUUUCUAUAUGCAUGGUUAAGUUUGAGCAAAUGCAACGAAGGAGGGACAGGAGACACGGUCGAUCGGCGCCCGGCCGGUUCAACUUCUGUUCUUCAUCAACUGUAGAAGUACUGCUAGCUCAUGAUGCUCUCUCACAGGUAUGGGGUUUAAGUUGCCCUUUGGUUACCCCUUUUCCUGCCAUUUGGUUUUGAAUUCAAAGGUGUGCCUGCGUUGUGCCACUUUCUACUUUUCACACUAUCUCACAGGGAUUAAUUAUUCAAACUUGGUGCAUGGACUAUACUACUAUUUCAUAAGGUAUAUUUGACAUGGAGACUGAUCAAAUUGUUUCAUUACUUAUGUGAAAAUUGCAUGAAAUUAAUCCAUGAUUUUUGUUUCCAGUUUAUUUUGUACGUAUAUAUUUGUUUCUAUCCUAUGCUUUAUUUUGGGUGUUUGACGAUUAAUUAACGACAUUGUGCAAUUACAGUGCAACCACGUAUGUACUGUAGGAGCAGUAAGGUCCUAAU